CGACAUCGAUCGUUCAUCAAGACGUGCCAACUCAAGUACUCAAUAAUCGUUAUCGCCAGAGCGGUCUAAAGGCCUAGAUCAGCGGUGUGUGAAGGCAAUGCAAAUGACGGGUUGACAAGAUGUCGUUUGCCUUCUGGACGCGUGAGUAGCCGACUGGAUUUCCAGGCUAUCUUGCGCGACACCCACUUUGCCACCGUCGCAACGUCUCUCCAGUCAUGACCCAUGCUCGACACGAAACAGAGUCCAAGUCGGGGAGAAGAGAUGGGUCGAUCACAAGCCAUUCCAAGACGAGGCGCAAACAGUUGGUACGGCGAUGGUCCUCCCAUAGUAGUGUUCAGUGGAUCCCAGAAACCGAGCUUCAGCCGCUACCUCCAACUCUAGCUGAUCGAGUCCCCGCGGAAUUACACUUCGAGGUCAUAAAUCGGCUCUCCUGCGAUACCCAUAGCCUCCAAAGCUGUGCCAUGGUGUCGCGAGCCUGGUACCCCCAUAGCAUUGGCCUGCUGUAUCGGCGGAUUUACAUUGAUGGACUGACCAAGUUCAGCUCAAUGGCCGUAUGUGUCUUCAAGCACGAGCGUGUCAGGAUCAGCCUUGCGGACACUGCGGAGCUCAACUUGGACGGCGCAUGCAUGUCCGAUCCGGGGCGCGGUCUAGAGUCUGCAUUGGUGGUCCUGGCUUCAUUGAUGCCUUCUCUGCAGAAGCUUACGCUCUGCGAGUGUCUCCCUUGUCCGCUUCACAAGUCAUUCUAUACAGCCCUGCGGGCGUGCAAGAGCGUAACCGACUUGACACUGUGUGGCAUCGCGCUCGAGGACCAUCGCGUACUGCUCAGAGUCUUGCAGUGCGGUUUCCCACAACUCCGCCGGGUUGCUUUUGAAGGCAACUUUCGAAUCACUCACUCCGGACCACGGCAGUCCGUCAGCCCAACACGUUUCCUUCACGGCGGUGCCAAUCCUUCACAGCUGAAGCAACUACGUAUCAGCAUCUCGGGAAAAUCUGUCGUCAUUCCCCUGAUCGAGCUGUUCACCGUCUCAUCUCUUCACACAUCUCUCGAAACUUUAGAAACUCGCGUCGCAGAGGAGCAUGUCACGGCACUCAAUCAGUUCCUCCAAGGACUGGGGCCGACCUUGCACCGCUUCCGAGAGCUCCCCUCCCUGAAUGAUCAUUUUGCUCACCUCGACCUGUAUCACAACACCUCUCUACGUAGUGUCGUCCUGUACAUUGGACAUCACUCACUCGACGGCAUCGACACUGUACUCCAAUUAACUCGUGCCCUAUCCAGUCUCGCGAGUCCGCAUUUGACGCGGAUCGUCCUCCAAUGCAGCGACCACCCGGAAUCCUGGAAGACCGCGACCGUCCGAUCUUUCGGCACUGCAGACCUGCGCCCGUUACACGCAGUGAUGGCCAGCCCUGUCUUCGAUGACUUGGAUACGGUUGAGGUGGACGUAUGUCGGAGGAAGUCCCAGGAUGUAGUGACUGCUCUGUCGAACUUACUCGCCCCUUGGGCAGUCCGCGGUUUGAUUAGAUUCGUGUGACACAGACGCCUUUAUGUAUCCCAAUGGACAAUAUGGCCGAGGGCUCCCUUGCCUUUUGAUAUCAGGCGGCGACUCCGCGAGUAUGGGACA